AUGGCCUCGGACGAGAUGCCCCCCGACCUGCUGCGCACCACCGAAGCGACGCCCAUCGCCAAGCUCAGCCCGGCCAUAGCGGACACGGCCGCGGUCGUCGUCGAGGGAGUCGUGACCGUGACCUGGCCGUACAGCAUCGUCCGCAAGUCCGUCGCGUUCAUCCUCGCCGAGCGCGAUCCUCUGCACCGACGCGACAAGGGCCAGCUGCGGGUCGAGUUCGAUGGCGCUGCCGGCAAGGCGCUCGCGGGCUCGGGCCUGGGAGGCGGCGACGAGGUGCGCCUGAGCUUGGACGGCGCCCGGUGGGAGGAGACGCAGGCGUCCAUGUUGCGGCCGGGCAUUCUGGAGUGGCAGCUGAGGUUUUCCAAUCGUCUGCUGCUCAAGGUGCGGCGGGCGGAUACUCACGAGGUCGACACGAUUGAGGUGGAUGCCCCAGGCGACGAGGCAGGCCAAGAGUCGCCAGAGCAGCUUCGGGAACCGAGUCCGACGCCGUCGAUCGAGCUCGAGCACAAUCUAUUUGCGACUCCCCUGCCGCGGACGCCGCUCUCUACGAUUCCGCAGAAGAGAUACGCAUACGAGACGCUGGGAGCUGGGGAGUAUGCCUCUCCGGCCUUCAUCAAGCGGGCAAGGGUAUCAUACGGCUCGCUGUUCGAAGGUGGCUUCGACAUUUUUGACGAAGAGGAGUCAGCCAAGAAAACCAAGAAGAAACGGAAGCCUCGUUUCAGCAUGGGUCCGACAGCCUGGAGAUACGCCAGUCGAUCGCCUACACCCGAGGCGGAGCAAGAAGAAUCGGUCGAAGAGGAGGACGAACCUGAAGCCAGGGCCGAUGAUGUCCAGGCGCCCGCGGUGGAAGAGCAAACAGACAAACAAGCCGAGGCGGCUUUAGAGCCACCAGCUUCCCAGCCGCAGCCGCAGCCAGUGAUGGUGGACCAGGGAUGCCAAACUAGAGAGUUGAGCUCCAGUCCUACCAGAGGUGUUCAAAUCAUUGCCGAAUCCAGGUCGACCGGAGUGCUACUGCAGCCCACGCCAACCCACCCUUGGAAGCGUACGGACACGGACGACGUGCUGCAAGAGCCAUCGCCCAUCUCCUUCGACUUUGCGGUUACCCGCGAUGCACACCCUCUGACGCACGAACCAGAGCCGCUCGAUCAGUCUAGGGCACACGUGCCACACUCGGGUUUCGACAUGCCCAUGGAUCUAGACCCUAGCCUACGGCUACAUGAAGCAGAUGGUCAACUUCCACAUCAUCAGCCCACAUACGACCUCGCGGCGACUGAAGCGCCUCCCCCUCGCCCACAAGAGCCUGGGGCUCACGAUGCCCAGUUGCACGGCCUGGCCUGGGCUGCCGAGGCGUUGGCACCGGAGUAUUCUGCGGUACCACGCCACAACGCUCUUGAUUUCCCGCAGGGAAGCUUUGACCGAUCAUCUUAUACACUGCAAGCCAGUCCUUCCGAUGAAACUCACACACUGGCAUCAUCCGCACAUCACGGCGUGGAAAUGCAUGGCUAUGUCCGGGUGGAAGAGGCGCAGAGGGUGCCAUCUUCCUCAAUCGAGCAAGAGAACGGUGUCAAGCCUAGCGACAAAUUUCCCGAACGUUACGAAGACGAUGCCGAGACUGCCACUGUGACUGCUACCCUUGGCAGGGAAAGUCGGUCGAGCCCUCCUCAAGAGGAAUCCAGCACAGAGGAAUCGGAAGAGGAUGGAGAUGAAUCUGCUCCUCAUCGCUACUAUGACUGGAACACUGGUCGAUGGCGAGAAGGAUACCCCGAGGAUGAGGACGACGAUCAACGCUAUGCUGGAUACGACGACGAAGACGACGAAUUAGAGGAAGACGAAGACGAUGACGACGACGACGACGAAGAUGGCGAGGAAGAUGAUGAAGUCGACAGUCAAGGAUCUGAUGCCGAAUCAGGAUCUCAAGGAGAAUCGGAGGAGGACGAGUUUGAGCCCCAUGGCUAUCAUCAGACCAUGCAACCGAUGCCACCAACUCACAGAUCAUAUUUUCAAGCCCCGAAGCCGGCUCCUGCUCCUCCAAAGGAACCCGUCUUUAUCAGCCUUUUGUCGGAUGAUGAAGACGAUGCCGACAACGCGCCCACCACUACGCAUCUUACGCAGCCGACGCAACCUAAGAAGGAGCCCAGCGAGGAGCGCAUGCUAUAUGACCACGAUGAUAUCCGUGACCAGUCGAGUGGGGAAGAAGAUGAAGUCGUUGACGAGGCUCUUGCGGAGGACGUCGACAAAUACAUCGAUGAAGACGUCGAAGAAGACAUCGAUGAUCACAGGGAUGACACUAAAGACGAAGAUAUGGACGACAACUCGGAAGACGCCGGGGAUGAGCUCAAUGUUGAGGAAGAUACCAAGGCCAGGAUGGGGGCAAACGACACAUCCUCCCGGAGGUCCAGCCGAAUAAGUCAGGUAGAUGGAGCUGACGAUUCUAUGGAACACCACGAAGAACCGGCUGCGAACCAAAUGCCUCAUUUGGAAAUGGACCAUCCGAAUCUGAUAUUGUCUCCCAAGGCUGAUAGAAAGGACCAGCAACAUGCUGCUGCAUUCGAAGAUGCAGCUCAGGUUCAGGAUGAGCCGCCAAGAGCCAAGUCUCCGUCAGAAAGCAGGGAUCGAAGACGAGACGAUGUCAUGGCCGACAAUGCCAUCGACAAGGAAGAAAUGCCGAGCGUUGUGAUGCAUGAUACCUCGCCGCAUCGAUCGCCAGAGCCUCCCCUGAUCAGAACGACAUCUAUCAUCAUUGACGAGAAGGGCGAAUCAUUGCCCUCUAAACAGAAACCAGUAGUGCAAGAGCGAGAGCAGCCUACGGAGUUACUCGAGGCUGAGGACUCUACAGCCGCUGAGGAGCCCUCUAUCCGCGGACCGGAGGAGCCCAUGGGAAUCAUUGAUGCGGUUGAGACCCUAGCACAACACAUCACUGGCAAUGACGACUUGGUAAUGCAAGAUCUCCCAUCAAAUCCUCUAGAAGUUCAGCCGUCUGCCGUGGAUGUGGCGGUAGAGGUAGAGGUAGAGGUAGAGGUUACUGCGGUCGAACAAGAUGUCGAGAUGGAGGAUGAUGUGCAAAGCCAGCUCAUAGAGGAGGCCGAAUCUUUCAUGCAAGAGGAGGACAAUCAACUAGUCACAGACAUGGCCUCGAAAGAUGAUGAAGAGCCAGAAGUGGCCGCACCGUCAUCGCCUCCGGAUACCCAGACAGAGCCAUCUCAUAGGAUGCCUGCGGCCAUUCCGACCCUGGAGGAGCAGGAAGCCACAGAGCAAUUGGAAACCUCAGAGCAGCUGCCCACACCCCUGGAGACUCAGCAAGAAGACUACAGGGAGGAUCACGGUUCGGUUGACAUGGUCCAGCCAGAGGUGUCACUGGAAGAGGACGAGGCCGACCAGAGUGUUGAUGAGGAUGUCGACAAGUACGAGGAUGCAGACGAAGGUGCCAACGAAGACGCGGACGAAGACUUUGAGGAUGCGAGGGAAGGAGAAGACGACGGUGACGAUGACGACCUUGCCAUCCAGCAGCAGCUCAUUUUCGAAAGCCAGCAUUAUGCCAGCCCCCUGAGCGCCCGUGAUGCAGAUCGUGCUGGCCAGACCUCGUUGCAACUGCCCGAAACAAUUGCGGAAGUUGACGAGAGCCAACAAAGUCCACAGAGCCAACAGCAGGACAUUCAACAAGAUAGCCCGCAGAGCCAUCACAGCCAUCAUAGCCAUCACGACCAUCACGGCCAUCACCACACGGAGCACUGCUCACACGAACGGAGUCCCCGGAGGGGCGGAACAGAGAUGUCGAUAGGGUUGCAAUCUCUUCGGAGCCACUGUCGUGCUAAGAGAAUGUCAAGUGGUAGCGUCGAUAGCCUGUCAACCGACCCCAGCGUCUUGUUAGCGAGGGGUUCCCCGACCAUGGCGCAUCGUCAGUGCCUUCUCGGAGAUGGCGACUCGCUCCCUCAGCGUUCACCGCGAUCGCCCCGGAACAAGGCCGAGCACAGUGACCCCAGCGUUGCACUUGCUAAAUCCUCGCCCCGCGACUCUAUAUCGCCAAAGCAAGCUGAGGUGACGCCCUCGCUGCGCGCAAGACGCGGCAUCAGGGGUUCCGAUGCGAGCAUCAUACUGGCACAAACUUUUUCGACGCCCUUGGAACUCAGCCCCGCUAGCCCAACCAGGUCGUUCAAAGCUGGUCAACGCAAGUCUGAGAAACCGGAUAUGAGCGUUCAACUUGCGACAGCCAGCUUGAGCAAGGACGAUCAAGCAGCACCACAGCAUCAAGAGGACCAUGCGGAGACUGACGAUGCGCCGGACGGAACCCACGAAGACUCAGCAGUUUCUCGUCGUGACGCUACGCCAGAGCAAGCUGUGGCGGGCCACAACCUGAGGUCACCCCGGAAACCCACCGCCUCAUCCUCCUUCAAGGCACCCUCUGUCGCGAGCUCCGUUGCAGAAGAAGGAGGGAAUGUGGCGACCCUGAAGUUGCAGCUGCUGAGGACUCUUAGAACGAAGCUUCCCGACUGUCUGCCGCUCAAAUCCCUGCGCACGUCGUUGACCAAGACGGCCGAUGUAUUAGCCGUAGCAACGCUCACUCCGAGGCAGCCUCACCGGCCGAAACACGGGCCCCGAGACUACAUGCUGGAGCUCCAUCUGACCGACCCCUCAGUGGCGCCCACGAGCGUCAACGUCGCGCACAUCUUCCGGCCGCAUCAGGCGUCCCUGCCGACGGUCCAGGCGGGCGACGUCGUGCUGCUGCGUCGCGUCCAGGUGGUCUCGAUGCAGGGCAGGGGAUUCGGGGUCAGGGCCGGAGAAGCCUCGGCAUGGGCCGUCUUUGAAAAGGGCGACGAGGAGAUGCUGCCGCAGAUCAAGGGGCCGCCGGUCGAGGUGUCGGAGGAAGAGAUUGAGUAUGUGCUGGGGCUGAGGAGGUGGUGGGGUUUUCAGGAUGAAAAGGCGCUGGCGAAGAUUGAUAAGGCCAAUCAGAAGAUGCUGCAGGCUGUCAAGGAUGACCCGAAGUGA